UCGCCUCGCCGGCCCGGGGUUCGAGCCAUGCGCCUCUGAGCUGCCCGAGUGCGCCCCCGCCCCGCAACGCCCCGGCCCCCCGCCCGGCGCCGCCCAUGGCCGAGGCCCCCCCGCGCCGCCUCGGCCUGGGCCCCCCGCCCGGGGACGCCCCCCGCGCCGAGCUGGUGGCGCUCACGGCCGUGCAGAGCGAACAGGGCGAGGCGGGCGGGGGCGGCUCUCCACGUCGCCUUGGCCUUCUGGGCAGCCCCCUGCCGCCGGGCGCGCCCCUCCCUGGGCCGGGCUCGGGCUCGGGCUCCGCCUGCGGCCAGCGCUCCUCCGCCGCGCACAAGCGCUACCGGCGCCUGCAGAACUGGGUCUACAACGUGCUGGAGCGGCCCCGCGGCUGGGCCUUCGUCUACCACGUCUUCAUAUUUUUGCUAGUCUUCAGCUGCCUGGUGCUAUCCGUGCUGUCCACUAUUCAGGAGCACCAGGAACUUGCCAACGAGUGUCUCCUCAUCUUGGAAUUCGUGAUGAUUGUGGUCUUUGGCUUGGAGUAUAUAAUCCGCGUCUGGUCGGCUGGCUGCUGUUGCCGCUACAGAGGAUGGCAGGGCCGCUUCCGCUUCGCCAGGAAACCUUUCUGUGUCAUCGAUUUCAUCGUGUUCGUGGCCUCGGUGGCAGUGAUCGCUGCGGGCACACAGGGCAACAUCUUUGCCACGUCCGCGUUGCGCAGUAUGCGCUUCCUGCAGAUCCUGCGCAUGGUGCGUAUGGACCGCCGUGGCGGCACCUGGAAGCUGCUGGGCUCUGUGGUCUAUGCACACAGUAAGGAGCUGAUCACCGCCUGGUACAUUGGAUUCCUGGUGCUCAUCUUCGCCUCUUUCCUCGUCUAUCUGGCUGAGAAGGAUGCCAACUCUGACUUCUCCUCCUAUGCCGACUCGCUCUGGUGGGGGACGAUUACACUGACGACCAUUGGCUAUGGUGACAAGACGCCACAUACAUGGUUGGGCAGGGUUCUGGCUGCUGGCUUCGCCUUACUGGGCAUCUCCUUCUUUGCCCUGCCUGCCGGCAUCCUGGGCUCUGGCUUUGCCCUGAAGGUCCAGGAGCAGCAUAGGCAGAAGCACUUCGAGAAGCGGAGAAUGCCAGCAGCCAACCUCAUCCAGGCUGCAUGGCGCCUGUACUCCACUGACACAAGCCGGGCCUACUUGACAGCCACCUGGUACUACUAUGACAGUAUUCUCCCAUCUUUCAGAGAGCUGGCCCUCUUGUUUGAACACGUACAACGGGCCCGCAAUGGGGGCCUACGGCCCCUGGAGGUGAGGCGGGCGCCAGUACCCGAUGGAGCGCCCUCUCGCUACCCGCCCGUUGCCACCUGCCACCGGCCGGGCAGCGCCUCCUUCUGCCCCGGGGAAAGCAGCCGGAUGGGUAUCAAAGACCGCAUCCGAAUGAGCAGCUCCCAAAAGAGGACAGGACCCUCCAAGCAGCACCUGGCACCCCCGCCAAUGCCCACCUCGCCAAGCAGUGAGCAGGUGGGUGAGGUGUCCAGCCCCAGCAAGGUGCAGAAGAGUUGGAGCUUCAAUGACCGCACCCGCUUCCGGGCCUCUCUAAGACUCAAGCCCCGCAGCUCUGCUGAGGAGGGCCCCUCAGAGGAAGUAGCUGAGGAGAAGAGCUACCAGUGUGAGCUCACGGUGGAUGAUGUCAUGCCUGCUGUGAAGACAGUCAUUCGUUCUGUCAGGAUUCUGAAGUUCUUGGUAGCCAAAAGGAAAUUCAAGGAGACACUGCGGCCGUAUGAUGUGAAGGACGUUAUCGAGCAAUACUCCGCAGGGCAUCUGGACAUGCUGGGGCGGAUCAAGAGCCUGCAAGCUCGAGUGGACCAAAUCGUUGGUCGAGGGCCUGGGGACCGCAAGACUAGGGAGAAGGGCGAUAAGGGGCCUUCGGAAACAGAGGCAGUGGAUGAAAUCAGCAUGAUGGGGCGCGUAGUCAAGGUGGAAAAGCAGGUCCAGUCCAUUGAGCACAAGCUGGAUCUACUGCUGGGCUUCUACUCGCGCUGCCUACGCUCUGGCACCUCGGCCAGCCUGGGUACCGUGCAAGUGCCGCUCUUUGACCCCGACAUCACCUCGGACUACCACAGCCCUGUAGACCACGAGGACAUCUCUGUCUCAGCACAGACGCUCAGCAUCUCUCGCUCAGUCAGCACCAACAUGGACUGAAGGGCUUCUCGGGGGCUGGGCAGCCUUCGGUCUGCCCCUUGGACUCACCCCGAGGCCUCUAGGACUCCUCUUUUACUUGAACUCGCUCCCUGGCAGGGAGAGAGGCCAUACACAGUAUUGAGCUGUCUGAGUGGGCAAGAUACCCGAUGCCAGCCAGGCCAGCGCCCCAGGAGCAUGAAAUGCCAGGCCACGUGGUAGGCUACUGUAAUGGCUGACUAGAGGCCUCUGGACACUCCAGGACCCUGCCGGCUCCAUCAAGGCUCAAUAUGGCCUGCCUGGCAGGGGCUCUGUCCCGGGAAUGGGAACAGGGCGCUGGGGCCCUGGUCCCUGAACCAGCUUCUAGCUAUGCAAGGUGAGGUCUCCAGGCCCGCCCUUCCAGGCAGAGCAGGGAAACCCUCCUGCCAAGCCCUGCCCCACUUGGGGAUGGGCCCAAGGUGCCCCCACAGGUGCCCACAAAGCACAGGACUCUGCCAUAAGGUAGAUGGGCACCAUAUAUGCAAACUAUGUUAAAUAUGCAACUUUGGGGGACCCCCAUGGGGUUCCUCUGCCCCUCCCCCACUGGGAGAUGGGCCCCAGCAGUAGCUGGUCUCAGGCUGCUUGGCCAUACCCAACCUCCACUCUUUGGCUUAUCAUCUAUCCCCCACCUAGCAUGGGGCCUAA